AUGGAACGUAAACGUAUAGCCAUAGUCGGCAGCGGCAUAUCUGCCCUCUCCACUCUCUGGACAUUGCGCAAUACUCCCCACGACAUAACACUUUUCGAAAAAGAAGAUCGACUAGGCGGCCACACCAACACAGCAAUAUGGACGUCGCAGCUCAACCCCUCGCAAAGUACGCCCGUAGACACAGGAUUCAUUGUCCUCAACACCGCCACGUACCCCAACUUCAUCGCCUUUCUCAAAGAGCUUGGCGUCAAAACCAUCGCCUCGGAAAUGACCUUCGGCAUCUCGCGCGACAAAGGCGCAUUUGAGUGGUCCGGGACAUCGCUGGGCGCAUUGUUCGCGCAGAGGGGCAAUGCGCUGCGGCCUUCGUUCUGGCGCAUGAUAUUCGAUAUUGUGCGCUUCAACAUGUUCUCCUUGGAUCUUUUGUCUAGUCCUGCAGCGCCGUCAGACGAACUCACGAUUGGAGAUUACUUGGAAAGAGAAGCAUACUCGGAUGCUUUCCGGGAUGACUACCUCAUUCCGAUGACGGCAUGCGUUUGGAGUACGGGUCCUGAUAAGUGUGCAUUAGAGUUUCCGGCAUUAACGCUCGUGAGGUUUAUGUGGAAUCACCAUUUGUUGUCGACGGUGGCGGAGAGGCCGCCUUGGUUGACGGUUGAGGGAGGGUCAAAAAGGUAUAUUGAUGCUGUGUUGAAGGAGUGCAAUGGAGCAAAAAUUGAAUUGAGCACACCCGUAGAAUCACUGAAGAGGGUGGAUGGAUGUGUCGAGCUGGAGCUAGGGGGAAAAGCGGGUAAGAAGACGGAAAUCUUUGACGAGGUUGUGCUGGCCUGCCAUGGGGAUCAGGCACGGUCGAUCGUGGGCGAUGCUGCAACGCUUGAAGAGAGAAAUAUCCUGAGCGCAUUUGAGACAACCCCGAAUACCGCUUACCUGCAUUCUGAUCUUUCCGUAAGUGAAUUCGAUGUCGUAUCUCUCUCUUAA